GAAAUCCCAGAAAAAACCACACGGCUCCCGAAUUCCACCGCGGGAAUUUUCCCAUCAAAAUCCGGGAUUUCUUUAUUUCACCGGUCGCUAAAAUCUAAAAUUCCAACGGCGCUUCCUCGGGAUCCGCGGCGUCCUGGGAAUUCCCAAAUUCCCAGCGGGAAUUUUAUGGCUUUAGGGACCCCCCCUGGAUCCGGAGCUGCCCCUGGAAUGGCUCGGGAAGAGCGGGAAAAGCGAGGAUGAUGAGGGAUUUGUGGGAGUUUGAGGGUUGGGUGGUGUUCCUGGGGAUCCAAGAGAUCUCAGGGAUUCGGGAAUCCCAAAGGGGAUCCAAGAGAUCUCAGGGAUUCGGGAAUCCCAAAGGGGAUCCAGGAGAAUUCAGGAAUUCCAAAAGGGAUCCAAGAGAAUUCAGGAAUUCCAAAAGGGAUCCAAGAGAUCUCAGGGAUUCGGGACUCCCAAAGGGGAUCCAGGAGAAUUCAGGAAUCCCAAAGGGGAUCCAGGAGAUCUCAGGAAUUCCAAAGGGGAUCCAAGAGAAUUCAGGAAUUCCAAGGGGGAUCCAAGAGAUCUCAGGGAUUUGGGAAUUCCAAGAGAUCCCAAGGAUUUGGGAAUCCCGAAAAUCUCUGGAAUUUGGGAAUCCCAAGGGUGAUCCAGCAGAUUCUCGGUGAAUCCAGAAUUCCAAAGGGGAUCCAAAAGCCCUCAGGGAUUCGGGAAUCCCAAAGGAAUCCCAAAGAUCCCUGGAAUUCGGGAAUCCCAAAACGGAUCCCAAAGAUCUCUGGAAUUUGGGAAUCCCAAAGAUCUCUGGAAUUCGGGAAUCCCAAAGGGAAUCCCAAAGAUCUCUGGAAUUCGGGAAUCCCAAAACAGAUCCCAAAUCCCUCAGAGGAUCCCGAAUUCCAAAGGGGAUCCAAGAUUUGUUCCCCAAUUCCCUCCUCCUCCACCAUUCCCAAACAUUUCCCUUCCAGGCCACAAUUCCACGACGGGAAUUUUCCGUUUUUUUGGGAAUUUUUUCCCCCCGUUUUUCCCGUUUUUUGGUGAACUUUUGUUGUUUUUUUUUCCCUGGAAAAAGGAGACCGGGAAAAGGUUUGGAAAAUUUUGUAUUGAAGAGUUGGAACAAGUUUGAACCCGAACCAUCCCGAUCCCAAAAAAAAAACCCCCAGCGGAACAAGGAAUGGGAAUUCCCAAGGGAAAAUCCCAUUCCCGCAUUCCGCCACGGAAUCUUUCCCGGGAUGGAUCCCGAAUUUGGCAGAAACGUGGAUGGAAUCAAACGAAUCCUCCGAAUUCCCGGCAACAUUCCAAGAACCACCGGGAAAAACCACGUCAGAAGCAGGAUGGAUCCCAGGAGCCGCAUUCCGGGCGGGAAUUUGGAAUUUCAGUCUCAUUCCUGGCGGGAAUUUGGAAUUUCAGUCUCAUUCCAGGCGGGAAUUUGGAAUUUCAGCCUCAUUCCAGGUGGGAUUUUCGAUUUUUCCAGCCUGGAUUUGGAUUUUUCCAGCCUGGAUUUGGAUUUUUCCAGCCUGGAUUUGGAUUUUUCCAGCCUGGAUUUGGAUUUUUCCAGCCUGGAUUUGGUUUUCCAGCCUCAUUCCAGGCGGGAAUUUGGAAUUUCAGCCUCAUUCCAGGUGGGAAUUUGGAUUUUUCCAGCCUCAUUCCAGGUGGGAAUUUGGAAUUCCAGACGCAUUCCAGGCAGGAAUUUGGAAUUUCAGUCUCAUUCCAUGAGGGAAUUUGGAUUUUUCCAGCCUGGGUUUGGAUUUUUCCAGCCUGGAUUUGGAAUUUCAGCCUCAUUCCAGGCGGGAAUUUCGAUUUUUCCAGCCUGGAUUUGGAUUUUUCCAGCCUGGAUUUGGUUUUCCAGCCUCAUUCCAGGUGGGAAUUUGGAAUUCCAGACGCAUUCCAGGCGGGAAUUUGGAAUUUCAGCCUCAUUCCAGGUGGGAAUUUCGAUUUUUCCAGCCUGGAUUUGGAUUUUUCCAGCCUGGAUUUGGUUUUCCAGCCUCAUUCCAGGCGGGAAUUUGGAAUCUCAGACUCAUUCCAGGCAGGAAUUUGGAUUUUUCCAGCCUGGAUUUGGAAUUUCAGCCUCAUUCCAGGAGGGAAUUUGGAAUUUCAGCCACAUUCCAGGUGGGAACUGGGAUUUUUCCAGCCUGGAUUUGGAUUUUUCUGGCCUGGAUUUGGUUUUCCAGCCUGGAUUUGGAUUUUCAGCCUCAUUCCAGGUGGGAAUUCUGAGUUCCAGCCCCAUUCCAUAAAAUAUUUUGGCUUUUUCCAGCCUCAUCCCAGGUUGGAUUUUGAGUUUUCCAAUCUCGUUCCAUGCUGGAUUUUCCUUCCCCUUCCAAAUCAAUUUUUUUGGGAUUUAUCCUGAAUUAUCCAUCAAUUCCAACAUUCCCGAUUAUUUCAACGAUCCAGAACCGGCUGAAAUUCCAAUUUCCAAAGGAAUUCUGGGAUCCAAAAAGUUUUUGACGUCGUUUUUUUUUUUUAUCUCAUUAAAUCCGUCUGCUCCUCUCUCAUUCCCGGUUUUUUUUUCGGGAAUCAUCCAAACACCGGGAAUAAACAAAGGUUUUCCCGCCCCUCCCUCAUUCCCAAAAAAAAAAUAAAAUUUGGAUUUUAAUUGGAGGAGUUUUGUUGGAAUUUUUUGGGGAAUUAAGGAAUUUUUUCCGAAUGUUGGCAUCCACGUGGAAAAAAAAAAACCCAGGAGAGGAAAAAUCCUCCCAAAAAAUUCCAAAUGUGGGAAAGGAACGGGAAAAAUUCCAUAAAAUCCGACGGAAUUUCAGGAAUUCCGCGUCAUCCCUCUGUCGGCAUCUCCCCGAUCCAAGCUUGGAAUGAAAACUCCAAAUUCCAAAAUUCCCACCCAAUUCCCACCUUGGAAAUCUCGGAAUCCCGAGGGAAAAAAAGCCCCAAAAUCCACAAAUUCCGGGUGGGAAUUCUGGGGGUUUUUAUCCAACAAAUCCUGGUUUGGAAAAGGAAUUUUUGUGGUUUUUUUUUUGUUUUUGAACUAAACUAAAUCCCUAAAUAUCAAAAAGCUGGGAAAAGUGGGAAUAGGGAGGGGUUUUGGAUCCGAGGGGGAUGAUCCCGAAGGAAUUCCUAAGAAAAUAAAUCCGGCUUUUCCUGAAUUUUUUUCUCCCCUAUUUUUAUAUAUAGAGCUCUAGAUUAUAUUUAUUUAUCAUUUCCCCGAGAAAAUUCCCAACAUUUCCCAAAGAAUUCUUAGCACUUGGAAUAAAACCUGGAAUUCUGCCCCUUGGAUUCGUCUGGAAUUCGGGAAGAAACCCAAGGAAAAAACAAACAAAAAAAAAGAGGAUGAGAAAUGGGAACGAAAUCAAACCGGCCCCGGAUGGAUUUUGGGUUAAACCUCUGGAAUUCCCAAAAAAAUGAUGGAAAACUCCAUCCCAAAUGGAUACAGGAGGGCGCUUGGGAUGCCUGGAAGAACUCGAAUCGCGGAGGGAAGGAUCCGGAAUUCCCGGAAUUCCCGGUGGGAAUCGGGAAUCGCUCCCGACCUUCCCUUCUGGAGCUUCUGGAAUUCCUGGAAAUCAUGGAAUAAUAUCCCUCGAAACAACAACAGAAAAGGAAACAGAAAAUUCCCCCCCCCAAAAAAAAACCAAAAUAAAACCAAAUCCCAACCAACCCUCCCAAAGGAAAAAAAAUAAAAU